GAUGUGGGGGGAGGGAAGACCCACUACAUCCCAGCCAUCAAAACCCCAGGGGUAUACCUCUACUCAAGGCCCUUACAACUCCUGUACCCUCUCAUUGCCCAGAGGAAAGGCCCAGGGCAUCAGAUUCCAGCCCUGCCUGCCUGGACUCCACCAGGCCCUGAGCCAGGGCCUCUUGUUCCCGGAGAGUCUUUGGCCUUCAGCAUCCCUGCCCUGGGCCUGUGCACCCCCAAUGCAGGAAAAGGUCCUGGACCGGGUGUGGGCCGAAGCACCAACAUGGCGGGUGAAGUGGAGGAGAUCACCCGGCUGCGAAAGCCACGCUUCUCCUACGAGGAGAACCAGAUCUUGAUUCAGGAAGUUCGGGCCAACUACUCGCAGCUGUAUGGCACCCAAAGCCGACGGGUCACGGUCGCCGAGCGGAGGCGGGUGUGGGAAGGCAUUGCCGCCAAGAUCAAUGGCAUCACCAGCUGGAAGCGCACAGGCCAGGAGGUGCAGAAACGUUGGAACGAUUUCAAGCGGAGGACCAAGGAGAAGCUCGCCAGGGUCCCCCACUCUACGCAAGGCAGCGGGCUGGGGCCUGGAGCCUCGGAGGAUGCCUUCUCCGCAGAGGAGGAGACCAUCUUUGCCAUCCUGGGGCCUGGGGUGUUGGGAGGGCCCGAGCUCCACACCGGCCCCUCGGCCUCCUUCCACCCACCUCCCCCAACGGGCCCCUUCCCUCAUCGCUACCUGCUGGGGGGAGAGCAAAGGCCAGCUGAAACCUCCAUCCGGAGCAAGGCCUGCAGCAGCCCGGAGUCAUCAGCCCGCCCUCCCUGCUAUCCCUUGGACGGCAUCCUCCUUCGCCCCAAAGAGAGAGACUCCCCACCUCCUCCUCCUGCCUCAGCCCCAGACCAGGCCACCCUGCAGAUUGUCCAGCUUCCUCGACUAGCACCGUCACCGCCUCCCCGUCCUCCAUGCCCAGGCCCUUCUCCUUCCAGUCUCCCACCACCACCUCCCCUGCCACUUCCUCUUGAUCCUUCACUGGACUUCCUUCGAGCCCAGCGUGAGACAGCUGAGGCAAUUCGUGAAUUGGAAGGCACUUUGCGCCAUGGACUGGCUAAGCUGAGUGAAGUCCUCAGUGCCCUCUUGCCCCUCUUAGCUGUCCCGGAGCCCCCUGUGUCCCUGCCUGCUGCCGGGCUGGCCCCGGCCCACCCCAAGGUGGAGACUUCACCUGAGCCAGCAGCAGCAACAAUUGAGGAGGGGGAGGAAGCAGCCAUAGUGAGGACCUCCCCAGGGGAAGGGGGGGGUACCCAGUCUCCUCCACCCAGAGAUUCACCUCCUGCGAAGAGGAGAAAAGGUUUCCCAACACGAAAACGCAGGGGAAGGUGGAAGAACCUGUGAUUGUUCUGCUUUGGGAUGGAGCCAAGGGAUUCAUCCCCAGCCCUUCUCCCACUGCCUGUGCCCAGUCUCCCACUACCCUCUGCCCUGCUUGGCCCAUUUUGGAGGGGGGAGGGGGAUACAACACUGCUUAUAACCGACUCCAGGGGGCUGUAGCCCCUUCAGCUGCUCCUUCCUGCUGCCCCUCUCCAUCCCCAAAACUCCCUCUGGGGCUGUACUGAAGAUGUCAGGGUCCCUGUUGCCCACAAUCCCUGUCUAGUGCCUGAUUUUCUUUAGGGUUAGUUACAAGUUUGAUAGAAUGUAGAGAUGGAGGGGACUUUGGAGUCCCUCUAGGCCAGCCCCCUCAUUUUACAGAGGAAAUUAAAGCCCAGGGAAAUGAAGAGACGUGCCCACUGUCUUACACAGAGUGAAAGGAGUGGAAUGGGAUUCAGCUGAGGUCUUCAGACACCAGAUGCAGGGCCCUUUUCCCACGAUUUCAUGCUGCCUCCCUCCUAGUCAGACACGUGCCCAGCUUCCCCAAGUAUCACAGCCUUAGGAGUAUCCCCAUUUUGGACAUGCAAACCUGUCAGUUUAACCUUAUUUAUUAUUAUUCUGUGGGGGGGUGGGAUUGGAGGGUCUGGGACCCCCUUGUCCCCCAACUGGAAUUCCCACCUUCUCCUCAAAGCUUGUGAGUGCCACCUGUCUCUUGGCCCAGAAGCUAGGCUCAGGGUUCCACCACUGUGCCUGGAUGGCAACUGAACCCUAAGUUCAGAAGCGGAAGGGCAAAAAUGUGGGGGGCAUCAGGCCCUGAGCUCCCUGCCCCUCCUAGCACACCAGAGGGGCUAAGUACCCCUUGCCCUCCUCCAGGCCUUCAGAACUUCCCUUUACCACUUCACACCUGCCUUCCUGCCCCACAAGAACAACAUAUCAAUAAACUAUUUUUUAAUACAAA